AUGCCUUCGGUUAACAGACUCUACACUCUUCCAGAUAACAUCAUCAUCAGUCACAGUCUCUCAUUUCUCUCAAUCAAGAUCUCUGUGUCGAGCAACAUCCUCUCUAGAAGAUGGAGAUUCAUGUUUGCCCACUUCCCAAAUCUUGAUUUCAAUAACAUAAGUUGUGAUCAUGGGACGAGAUUCUGGAACAUCGUAAACAAGGUGGCGGUGGAUGGGAAACUGAACCCGGAUUGGAUGAUCAAGAGAUUGUUCAUUUUCAUUGACAUGGAAUUUGACGAGAGGAAGAAAAACUUUCAACACUUCAAAGUACGAUUCAUUUUUGCUGCGACUGGAAGAACCCUAGCCCGCCUACAUCUGCCCACGCAGCCGCCGACCUCUACUACCCGCCGCCGCCACUCUGUUCUGGAGGAGCUUGACCGAGCACCAUGGAUUCUUUCGAGAUCCCUCCUGGACACUGGUGGAGAAAGGGAUUUGGUGGAUGAUAAUGAUUUGGCCUGUGCUUUGUCUGAGAGAAAGACAGAUCAUAAGAUUAUUUUGUAUGUGGAUGUGGAGGACAAAUUCUUAUUCCAUGUUUCUAAGUCAUGUAUUUCAGAGGCAGUCAUGAGCAAUGCAGCAGUCACAGAUGGUAGUACUGAGCCUCAUGUGAUUGAUUGGGACAGUCUUGAGAUAGUUCCAAUUGCAGAAGAGCAUAUAGGUGCUGCAGUUAAUUUGAUGGAUGAAGAUGCUAUGUAUGAAUUUCUUGGUCUUAAAUGUGAGGAUGAGAGGGCACAACAAGAAAAGGUAGCAGCAGAAAACCAAGUUGAAGUUGUUACUGAUGUAGACCUAGAAGAUGCAGCAUUGCCAGUUGAUGAUUUUAUCCCUGGGGAGGAAGGUAUUGGUUAUGAUCCGGACAACCCUCCAAUGGAAGUUGGUUCCAUUUAUAGUAGUAUGGUAGAAUUCGGGAAGGCUGUCCAUAAGCAUGCUAUAAAGGGACAAUUUGAGCUUGGGACAGAGAAAUCAUGUAAGAGUAGAUAUAGGGGAUAUUGCAAAGCUGAUGGCUGUCCAUGGGCCAUUGUUGCAAGGUUGAUGGCUGAUAAAAAGCAAGUCAGGAAGACAGCUGAGAAAUUGUAUGGUACAUGGGAGGAAAGUUUUGCAUAUUUGUUCAACUUCAAGGCAGAGGUGGAGUUAAGAAUGCCUGGAAGUGUUGUACAGAUAGAUGUCAUAAGACAAGGAGAUGAUGUCUAUUUUCGUAGAUUCUUUUGUUGCUUCAAACCUAGCAUUGACGGUUUCCUAAAUGGAUGUAGACCAUUCUUGAGCAUAGAUUCCACUGCCCUUAAUGGAAUGUGGAAUGGCCAUCUCCCGUCAGCUACAGCCAUGGAUGGGCACAACUGGAUGUUCCCGGUUGCCUUUGGAUUUUUUGACAGUGAGACCACUGAAAAUUGGACAUGGUUUAUGCAGCAGCUGCAGAAGGCCAUUGGGAAUCCACAACACCUAGCUAUCAGUACAGAUGCUUGUAAGGGCUUAGAGAAUGCUGUGAAGGCAGUGUACCCUUGGGCAGAGCACAGAGAGAGCAAAUUCUCAACCGAGAUCAAAGUUGACCAUAUCACAAACAAUGUUGCGGAAGUUUGGAACAAUUGGGUGAAAGAGAUUAAGGACCUUCCUAUUGCGGAGCUUGCAGACACAUUGAGGUCCAAAUUCAUGGAAUUGUAUGCAAAAAGGAGGCGAAUUGGUGAGAAAUUCGAUGGUCAUGUGAUGCUCCCUAUUGUUAUUCGCCAACUGUACGCACAGAGUAGGCAAUUGGGACACUUGAAACUCAAGGAAGGUAACAGGGAGGAAGCACAAGUGACUGAAGUUACUAAGAACCAUAAGGUCUUGAGACAUGUGGUGGAUAUUAGGAAUCAUACUUGCAGUUGCAGGGAGUGGCAGGUCUCAGGGAAACCUUGUCCCCAUGCUUUGGCACUCAUAGUGUCAAGCAGGAAUCCUAAGAUGGAAGAGUACUUGCAUCCUUACUUUUCAGUUAGGAAUUUCAGACUUGCAUAUUCUGGUGUUAUUAAACCAUUAACUGACAAGUCGCAGUGGGUACAUGUCGACAUGGGUUUCAAGUUGAGGCCACCUCUGCAAAAGAGAAAAGUUGGGAGACAGAGGAAGAAUAGGAUACCUAGCUGCAUAGAGUUGAAGGGCAACAAAAAUAGGUCCCAAGGCAAGUGGCAUGUUACAUGUAAAAAAUGCUUAGGACUUGGCCAUAGGAGUAACUCACCAAAAUGCCCUAUGAAUGGAACAAAAAAGAGGAAGAGCCGUGCGAAGCCAGGAAGGAAGCUUAGUUCAGGAAAAGAAGGAGGAGGCACAAGUACACCUAAAAGAUAG